GCUACCCAUGUAGGAUAAUUAUUUUUUCUUGACAUCAUCAUGCAUUGUGCCUAACAAAUUGACCUAUGAAGAAAUUACUUAUGCCAAUAUAUCAGUCCCCAAACAAAUUAUAAUUUUGCAUCAUAUUUUACACCUUAAUUAAUUAAUCUUGUUUUCUCAUGGAGUUGUCAUUUUCUUGUCAUGUUAGUGACUUGAUUAGUGAGCUAUUAAUGCAUGGGCCUCUAUAAAUAGGAGACUAAGCCAGGAGAGUACACAACAUUGCCUCACUUCUCUGAAAACAACAGAGAAAAGUUAAGCUGAAUACUGCAAUGAGGCCGGGAGCCGAGUACGCCAUGGUUCACGGCGGCGGCCCUGCGCCGGCGGCGGUGGCGGCGGCGGGGCCGAGCUCGAGCGCGGUGGUGGCGUCGACGGCGUCGGUGGCGGCGCGGUCGCCGUGGCAGUCGCCGGUGCCGUACCUGUUCGGCGGGCUGGCGGCGAUGCUGGGGCUCAUAGCGCUGUCGCUGCUCGCGCUGGCGUGCUCGUACUGGAAGCUCGCCGCCGCCGGCGGCGGCGGCGGCGGCGGGCAAGACGGCGGCGAGGAGAGCCGGGAUGGUGGUGGUGGUGGUGGUGGGGAGAAGGGCUCGGGCGGCGGCGGCGGCGGGCUGGCGCGGGAGUGGCGGGACCACGUGGUGGUGAUCAUGGCCGGCGACGAGCGGCCGACGUUCCUCGCCACCCCGGCGUCGAGCCGCGCCGAGCCGGCGGCGCCCGACGUGGCGGCGGCCGUGUGCUGCAGCUGCGGCGCCGCCUCCGGCUCGUCGUCGUCGUCGUCGACGGAGGUGAAGACGCCGGCGGCGGCGGCGGCGCCGGAGUUUCUAGCCGGCGACGGUGAGCCGCAGGCGCAGAGCCCAAGUGAGCAAACCAGCAGUAGUCACAGCUCUGUAAUUACGAGCUAACUCAACACAAAAUUAAAUUAAGAUCACAAUUAAGUAGAUAUAUGCUUGAAUAUUUCUUAAUUCCAUCUUGUAACAUUUUUAGUUUUUUUUUACACUGCUCGUGUAAAAGGGACUGUAAAUACACUUAGAUGAGUGAACUAAUUAAUACAACUUGGUUACUACUAAAGGAUUAAUUGUUAUUGAUCUAUAAAUUCAAUUUUUACGGUGA